CAUCGCAUCCUCCGAUCUCUUCUCUACCUUCUUCCACCUCUGCCUCUCUGCGGGCGCAACCCCAUCCGUUGGCGACCGACAACCUCAUUACGCUGAGCUGGCUCUCUUCUGCUUUAAACUAAUCAAACUUCGCAUGGCAAUCAUUACAAUUGCAGACAAUUGACCUUGUGGUGGUCACGUUGCUUCCAGUCAGCUUGCUCUUGUUUGUCCUACAGACAGGAGAUCGGUUGCCUGCAUAAGUCAAACCAAUCCCCCACCCCAUCCAUACCCACACUAUCUUCACAAUUGCUCUGGUCUUCCGAUCAGACACAAAACGAAACCUCAACUUCCUUCAAAAGGUAAGUCCUUCACUAAUUCCUCUCAGCUUCUACCAAUCCUGAAGUCUUCAAGUCCUCCUGCAAGGGUGUUCACCUUCACACUUGACGAGAUUUGCUAUCCUUACCUAAGCUAAUUUGCUUCAUCAUAGAUAGUAGACCAAACAUCUUCUCCACCUCUUGUCCUGCCUUCAAGAGGCUAAACUACGACCUGUCCCACGAUCUCCUUUUCAUUGUACUCUCCUCAAUUGCCCUAAUCAACAUCCCUGCUUCAGAAGGUAGCACCCGUUGGAACUUGUUCUCUUGGUACUUUCAAACUGCCAUCUGACCUGAUACAAACAAUUUCAGCAAAAGGUAUUUGAAACACCCAGCACUCUUUGAUGUUCUUUAGACUGACUUUCCUCAUUGUAGUUACAAACAAAUAAAAUUCAAAAUGUCACGUCGUCCAAGAAGAUAUCAGCAGGCAUCUUCUGCCUUUUAUAAUGGCGAUCCAAAUGCUUGGAAGGCAUGGCCAGAGCUCGCUAUCAGGAUUUCUCGCCUUCAGGAUGAAACAACAACCAAGGAUAUUUUUAAGACAUUUGAGAAGUACGGCGAUAUUUCGCGAAUUGAAAUCUUCCGUGAAGAUCGCCGCUCCAAUGGUGAAAGCCCUGGGAGGAUCAUUUUCUCCCCUGUUCCAACCGAGGAGUUCUGGUACACUGGUACUUGUUUCAUCAAACCAGCCAAUGGAGGAAAUGGAUACCCAAUUGGACUUGAAAUUCGAAAGGAUGACCAGAGCGAUGGAAAAAUGCAGAGUCCCACCAGACCUCGAGUAUGGUUUGACAAGACCAUGCACAUGAAUCCUAGCAAAUUGCACUUUGGCUUAAUGGAGAAUCCAGAGACAAUGAUGCAACUUCAGACCGUUACACACCCGUCUUUUGUUGUGGAUUUUCGUCGAAGAAGACUCACUGUUAAGUUUGGGGUUGAACACAAGGACCCUAGACACAAGGAUCUACACACAUCUGAAUAUAUCAGCUUUAACAGAGUUGGUAAACUAGAUCGUACCAACCGAUACAUGUUCCAAGUAUCCUUUGAACAUCUCAAUGUUAUUCACCGUCUGAACUUACCCAACCGCUCCUUUCAACUUCUCUUGCAACUUGGUUGCCCUCCACAAUUCUAUCGCAAGCGUGAGGGUUCAACCAUUCACUCAGAUGAACUGGUCUGGUCUGAGUUUUCGAAUACUUGGUACAGACAAACUGAUAUUGUGUACGAUCCUGACUUGAACUCCACCUCUGUCAUUGCACUUCACAAGACAAUGCCAGUUAUAGACAUAGGUAUUGUUAUAGUUCUUUCAAAAAGUUAUUGUACUAACCAAAGCAACAGGACGUUGGACAACUUAUCUUUUUGAGUUUCCUUCUGAUGCAAGAACUGCGACUUCUUUUGCCAAGAUACUAGACGCUCUUCAGGACUUUAACAUCAAUAUUGUACCUAUCAACAAGGUCUGCGUUACCCCUGGACGGCCCUCAGAACUCUGGGAUAUGAUUGAUACCCCCAAAAGUACUACCUUGAACGCGAAAGUAGCGGAGUUUUAUCUUCCUUUCGAAGUUAGAUAUCAAUUGGAGGUUUGCAUAUCUCGGGAGGCCAUAAACGAGUAUAAUGUUUCUAGGUCUUUUGUCGCCAAGUUGGCAGGGAUAGCUUCAAAAGAUGCCAUCAAGGCACGAAAUAUUCUAGAAAAGGUUGCAGAGAUGGGAAUUCGAUUCUACGAUCCAAUGUCUAUUUUCGAAGACGACCAGAUUCUUUCGUUUUACGCCAAAACCGACAUUCCCCACUAUUGUGCCUUUGCUCGAAAGGCCACGGUCACUCCAACCACCGUUCACUAUAGCUCACCUACCGUGGAAACCACCAAUAGAGUGCUUAGAAAUUAUGCCAAAGAGAACGACCAAGGUCGAUUCCUCCGGGUGCAAUUUACAGAUGAACUCUUAGGUAAGUCAAAAUAUUGACCCAAUUCUCAUGUCGUGUCCUUGGCACUUCGGAUUCAAAGAGAAAGAGGCUAAUCCGAUGGAAUAGAUGGCAAGAUCCACCUUUGUAAGAAUGAGCUGAAUGACGAGUUGUUUAGUCGGGUAUACAGAACAUUGUUUAACGGCAUACAAAUCGGCAAGCGACACUUUAAGUUUCUCGCAUUUGGAAAUUCUCAGUUUCGGGAGAACGGUGCAUACUUCUUUUGCGAGACAGAUGAACUCACUUGUGGUCAAAUUCGCGAUUGGAUGGGGAGUUUUUCUCACAUCAAUGUUGCAGCCAAGUACGCAGCUAGACUGGGUCAGUGUUUCUCGACUACUCGGGCUAUCAAUGGACUCUCAGCUCCAACCGUUGUGACAGUUCCGGAUAUUGAGAGAAAUGGAUUCACGUUUACUGAUGGAGUCGGAAAGAUCUCUCCCUUCCUCGCCCAAAUGAUCGCCCAUGAGUUGGGUAUACGGGCAGCUACUACCCCAUCCGCGUUUCAAUUUCGGCUAGGCGGCUGCAAAGGGAUACUUGUAACUUCUCCUGAUGCGGUGGAUAGACAAGUUCACAUUCGCAAGAGCCAGCAGAAAUUUACAGCAACCUACAAUGGCCUUGAAAUUAUCAGAUGCUCACACUACUCUUGCGCAACUCUAAACCGGCAAACAAUUACCAUCCUAUCGAGCCUCGGGGUUCCAGACGAGUCGUUCCUGGACUUAAUGACGGGACAACUCAUUAACUAUGAAAGCGCUAUGAAAGAUGAUGUCUUAGCAAGGGGGCUUCUUUUGCGCUACAUCGAUGAAAAUCAAAUGACAAUCAACAUCGCGCAAAUGGUCCACAGCGGCUUCAUGGAGAACCAGGAUCCAUUUGUAGUUUCGUUGUUACAUCUAUGGAGAUCUUGGUCAAUCAAGUUGCUGAAAGAAAAAGCCAAAAUCGUUAUUGAAGAUGGGGCGUUUGUCCUUGGAUGUGUCGAUGAGACCUCGACUCUAAAGGGCUACCAUCAGCCAACGGUUGGUCAAGGUAUGCAAUUGCCGGUUGAAGAACUCCCGGAAAUAUUCAUCCAGGUUCCUUUGAAAGGAGGCGAUCCAAAAAAUCCUAUUUACACUGUGAUUGAAGGCAUCUGCCUAGUCGGCCGUAACCCCUCACUUCACCCUGGAGACCUCAGAGUCGUUCGGGCGGUUGAUGCUCCCUCUCUUCGUCACCUUCGUGAUGUUGUCGUUUUUCCUUCAACGGGUGAUAGAGAUAUUCCAAGCAUGUGUUCAGGCGGUGACCUAGAUGGCGACGAUUACUUCGUGAUCUGGGAUAAAAGUCUUCGGCCACGAGAAUGGAACGCCACCCCAAUGAACUAUACAUCGCCUCCCCCUCGAGUGCAACAAAAUCCCGUGGAAGUUGAGGACCUGAUGAAAUUUUUUGUGCGUUACAUGAAGAAUGACUCACUGCCUUCGAUCGCCCUCGCUCACCAGGCACAAUCCGAUAACCUCGGCGUCAAGAACCCAACAUGUGAGUAUCCCUUCAAUUCAUCAAGAUUUUUGAUCUAACAAGGGUUAGGUAUCGAACUUGCUGAACUACAUUCCAAAGCUGUUGACUAUGUCAAGACAGGUUACCCAGCAGAGAUGCCUAAGAGAUUAAAACCACGAAAAUGGCCACAUUUUAUGGAAAGUAGACACAGACCAAAGGAACUCUACUACAGAUCCACUAAAAUCGUUGGUAAGCUAUAUGACAAGGUAGAAAGUAUCGCGUUCAAACCAAAAUACGACCUGCCGUUUGAUAGAAGAGUUCUGGCAGCGUACGAAAUCGAUGACUCGCUUAUGGCGGCUGCUAGAAGACUCAAGUCCGCUUAUGACUAUAGCAUGCGUCAAAUUAUGUCGCAGCACGAUAUUCGGACUGAGUUUGAGGUGUGGACAACUUUUGUUCUCUCAAAACCGCGCGUGGGUAGCGAUUACAAACAGCAAGAAGCGAUAGGACGAGUUGCAGAUGAGCUCAAAGACACAUACCGCGCAGCUUGCAUCAAAGCAGCAGGCGGGUCUGAUUAUGGGGUUCUGGGACCAUUUGUCGCUAGUAUGUACAGAGUCACCAAGGAAGAACUUGACAUCGCCCUGGCCGAAUGCAGAGCGACCAGAGUUACUGAACACGGAGUCACAGUACCCGUGCGAAGAAUGGAGCCAGAAUAUAUGCCUCUCAUCUCUUUUCCCUGGCUCUUUGAGAAGGUGUUGGGCAAAAUUUCAACUGGGGUCGACACGUCUGAGGAUUUGGCCGACUUGGGUUUCGUGCCUCUGUCAUUUAAAAAUGAUCGUCAAGUUGGUGGAGCCAAGCCAGCGAAUCAGAAUUACAUUCGUAGGGAGGAUGGUGUUGUUGUGCACAGAGGUCAAGAAAUCGACUUCUUUGAAGAUCAUGGUGAUUAUGGCUCUGAGGAUGGAGCGGUAAGUCAUUCUCUCUCUUCGAAAUGGUAAUGUGUAGUGUCAUGAAACUCUUUACUAAUAAGGUAAAUAGGCUGGCCCCUACGGCGGACUAGUCGAUAUCGACAGAAUCGGAUACAACCACUCCGGCGGGGAUCAAAAUGGCUCUUCGUAUGGCGGUAUGGGGGAUGUGGCAUUGGCAGGCUUUCGAUCUCCUGAACCCAUGGGCCAUGAUCUCGAUGCUGCUUUUGGAGCUCUUGACUUGAAGGAAAGUGCUCGCAACUCUGUGAACGUCCCCACGCAUCCGGUAAUAGACCUGACUUCCGAAAGCGAUGAUGGAAACGAUCGCAACUCCGUUGACGCUCCCAUGCCUCCACUUAUAGACUUGACUUCCGGGAACGAUGAGGAAAACAAUCGCAAUCAAAACGAGGACGAGGACGACUUUGAUCUGGAUAACGGCUACGACUUUGACCGGCAAAUGAGCAUGGCCGAACGCGAUUUGCUAACCGAAGAGUCCACCCAAGAAAAGGAGGACGAUGAGGUCGAAGCAGAACAAGUUCAAUUUGACAUUGAGGAAUCCGCCUUUGACCGACUUGCUCGCAUGAUGGAUUCUUGAGAAGGUUUAAUUCUAGUUUCUCGAGUCUCCGAGUUUACGACUGUGACGAAUCUACUUUUCACGAUUUUCCUUUCCUAGACUCUACUGGCUUCUCACGAACAACGAUUGUACGGGCGUUUGGAUGAUGAGAAAUGAAUACUGGAGUUCUAGUCCAAAACCUGGACGGGAUAAUGAAAACUGGUGCAUGGAGAGUACGAAAAGGGGCGUUUGUCUAGAGAUGCUUUUUAAGCAUAUGGUAUGGGCACGGGUGGGAAAACCGGGUGUGCAUCACAUUUUGCUCUUCAUUUCUGUGUUAGCUUAAUAUGUGUAAGAUACUACGGUGGCAAAAUCUGGGUGUGAUGGCUUUCUAUCUUACUGGUCAAACUGUUGGAUGGUUGCUUAGCACGGUUUGUUCUUAUGAAU